GGCGGGCCGGGACUCUUCCUCGUAGUGCCGCCGGGACCGUUGGCGAGAGACGGUGCGCAGUGACUUCCGUAACUACUUUGAGUCCCGGGCGCUGCGAGCUACAGAGCAGAGCACGCGGGGCUGGUCAACAUGUCGCGUUAUGGGCGUUAUGGAGGAGAAACGAAGGUGUAUGUUGGUAACCUGGGAACUGGUGCUGGCAAAGGAGAAUUAGAAAGGGCUUUCAGUUACUAUGGCCCCUUACGAACUGUGUGGAUUGCCAGAAAUCCUCCAGGAUUUGCCUUUGUGGAGUUUGAAGAUCCUAGAGAUGCAGAAGAUGCAGUACGUGGACUAGAUGGAAAGGUGAUUUGUGGUUCUCGAGUGAGGGUUGAACUAUCAACAGGCAUGCCUCGGAGAUCUCGUUUUGAUAGACCACCUGCCCGACGUCCCUUUGAUCCUAAUGAUAGAUGCUAUGAGUGUGGCGAAAAAGGACAUUAUGCUUAUGAUUGUCAUCGCUAUAGCCGCCGGAGAAGGAGCAGGUCACGGUCUAGAUCACAUUCUCGAUCCAGAGGAAGGCGAUAUUCUCGCUCACGAAGCAGGAGCAGGGGACGGAGGUCAAGAUCAGCAUCUCCUCGACGAUCAAGAUCUGUGUCUCUUCGUAGAUCGAGAUCGGCUUCUCUCAGAAGAUCUAGGUCUGGUUCUAUAAAAGGAUCGAGGUAUUUCCAAUCCCGGUCAAGGUCAAGAUCAAGAUCCAGGUCUCUUUCACGACCAAGAAGCAGCCGAUCAAAGUCCAGAUCGCCAUCUCCAAAAAGAAGUCGUUCUCCAUCAGGAAGUCCACGCAGAAGUGCAAGUCCUGAAAGAAUGGACUGAAGUUCUCAAGUUCACCCUUUAGGGGAAAGCUAUUUUGUUUACAUUAUUAUAAGGGAUUUGUGAUGUGUGUAAAGUGUAACCUAGGAAAGAUCUGUCAACCAUCUAAUCAGAAUGGAUCUGGAUUAUUACUCUGUAAAUUCACAGCAGUAAAAUAUGUUUUUUGUUGAAUGUAUUAACAUCUUAUGGUUUGAAAAUGUGGGUUUUUAUUUGGCACAUUUAAAUAAAAUGUUUCUAACUAGA